AUGGAUGAGCUGUUCCAGUACUAUAUAUCAAUAGGAGACAUUACAGAAGCUCUUCAUCUCUACAGUCGUGGAAUGCGAGAAUACUGCAGCCAGUUCAAACAUAUAAUUCAGAUGUGGAUCAACUGGAUGGAAGCUUCUAUAUGGGUCGGUGAAUGGCAGCGCGUUGAUACUAUUGCGGCCCAGGCGGAGCGCAGCAUGAAAGAGGCCGAAGAAGCUGAAUCGCAAGCCGGUUCAAUGGCUGCUUCUCGUACUCGUCCAGUUAUCUUUGGAGUAUCCUCAUCAAACACAAACCGUGCAGCUGUUACCAAAUGUACGCGCUUGCUCAUAAGCGGUGGGAGGGUGAGUCAGCUUUAUUUUGCUCUUUUUGGUCAUGCUGAAAUUCCUCUUGUUCAGGCAAAACUAGAUGCAGCAUGUGGACUAUCGAAACUACAAGCGGGUCGUUACAAACAAGCAGCCGAUAGAUUUUUGAAGGUUAGGGUCUAGCU